CUCCUGACCCACAAUCGCGUCCACGUUCGAGGCGACCCUCCACCAUCCAAUCUGCUGGAAGGUAUAGUCCGAGCAGAACACUGGCGGGGCCCAGGAAAAGCCAGGAGGAAAAGGUCCGGAGCUCCACGAAGGUGCUCCCAGAGGAACAACACAACAGACGUAUCCAUCUGCACAUAGGUGCAAGCAACGUCGGCAACAAUGCCAAGAACCGUGUCGGACGGAGGCGAGGACUUUGACGGCGACGUCUCCAGCCAGACGGGGUCGCACCGUUACACAGACAGCAACAGCACCCACCACCACCACCACCAUGGCUACAAGGUCGGGUUCCCGCCGGCGAAGGGCCUCCUCGCGGAGUUCGCAGAUGGGGUGAAGGAGACAUUCUUCGCCGACGAUCCGCUGCGUGAGUACAAGGACCAACCGAGGUCCAAGAAGCUGUGGCUCAGCCUGGUGCACCUCUUCCCGGUGCUGGACUGGGCCAGGAGCUACAGCUUCGGCAAGUUCAAAGGGGACUUCGUCGCCGGCCUCACCAUCGCCAGCCUCUGCAUACCUCAGGACAUCGGUUAUGCCAAGCUUGCCUUCCUGCCAGCACAUGUUGGACUGUACAGUAGCUUCGUUCCGCCUUUGGUAUACGCUAUGAUGGGCAGUUCCAGGGAUAUAGCCAUAGGUCCGGUGGCCGUCGUGUCCCUGUUGCUUGGAACUCUCCUCCAGGAAGAGAUCGAUCCAGUCAAGAAUCCGUAUGAGUACAGCCGGCUGGCCUUCACCGCAACAUUCUUCGCGGGGAUCACUCAGGCGAUGCUUGGAUUCUUCAGGCUAGGGUUUAUCAUAGAGUUCCUGUCUCAUGCAGCCAUCGUUGGUUUCAUGGCGGGUGCCGCCGUAACCAUUGCCCUUCAGCAGCUCAAAGGCUUCCUUGGCAUCAAAAAAUUCACCAAGAAGUCUGAUAUCAUCUCGGUCAUGGAGUCAGUAUGGGGAAAUGUACACCAUGGGUGGAACUAUCAGACGAUAUUGAUUGGCGCAUCCUUCUUGGCGUUUCUUCUAACUACCAAAUACAUCGCCAAGAAGAAUAAGAAGCUCUUCUGGGUUUCUGCAAUCGCCCCGCUCAUUUCAGUUGUCAUAUCCACCUUCUGUGUGUUCAUCACCCAUGCAGACAAGCAGGGCGUUGCAAUUGUCAAGGAUAUAAAGCAAGGCAUCAAUCCACCUUCAUUUCAUCUCAUAUAUUGGUCUGGCCCAUACUUGGCGAAAGGAUUCAGAAUUGGUGUAGUAGCUGGAAUGGUUGCCCUUACGGAAGCAAUCGCAAUUGGAAGAACAUUUGCUGCCAUGAAGGACUACCAAAUAGAUGGGAACAAAGAAAUGGUAGCUCUAGGAACCAUGAACAUUGUUGGCUCAAUGACUUCAUGCUACGUGGCCACAGGUUCUUUCUCGCGAUCAGCAGUAAAUUACAUGGCUGGCUGCAAAACAGCAGUAUCCAAUGUUGUUAUGGCAAUUGUAGUGAUGCUCACACUGUUGUUGAUCACUCCAUUGUUCAAGUACACGCCCAAUGCCAUUCUAGCUUCCAUCAUCAUAAAUGCAGUGGUUAGCCUAGUUGACUAUGAGACGGCGUACCUUAUCUGGAAGGUUGAUAAAAUGGAUUUCGUGGCAUUGCUAGGAGCAUUCUUCGGGGUCGUAUUUGCAUCAGUGGAGUAUGGCUUGCUCAUUGCGGUUGCAAUAUCUCUUGGAAAAAUUCUUCUCCAAGUAACACGGCCGAGAACAGCUUUACUCGGCAACCUCCCAAGAACAACGAUCUACAGGAAUGUUGAACAAUACCCAGAAGCUACCAAGGUGCCCGGGGUUAUGAUUGUCAGAGUGGACUCAGCUAUCUACUUCACAAACUCCAAUUAUGUUAAAGAGAGAAUCCUGAGAUGGCUGAGGGAUGAGGAGGAACAACAGCAGGAACAGAAGUUGUCCAAAACAGAGUUUCUCAUUGUUGAGCUAUCUCCGGUAACUGAUAUCGACACAAGUGGAAUCCAUGCUUUGGAAGAGUUGCUGAAAGCACUUGAAAAGCGCAAAAUUCAGCUGAUCCUCGCCAAUCCCGGGCCGGCAGUAAUCCAGAAGCUGCGGUCAGCGAAAUUCACAGACCUCAUCGGCGACGACAAAAUAUUCCUGUCGGUCAGCGACGCAGUGAAGAAAUUUGCUCCGAAGUCAGCCCUGAACGUCUGAAGAAGACGCGUCGAACGAAGCGAUGUACAGGAGAAGCAGAGAGAUGUGUUGGUGUGAUUUUUAUAGAUCAAGGAAUACAGAAGUACACGGCAUAGUUCGUGCAAAGGUAAAUAAUGGAGGUGUGUGGAGUUGGGGCGCAUCAGGUUCGCAAGAUGUGGUUGGAGAAAAAAGGAGAAGAUGGUGGCCUAGUUGGACAUCUGCAUCAUCAGUGUGCGUGCUCGGGGUGUGCGUCGGCGAGCAGUUGGAUGGAGGUUUAUUUGAUGAUCCAUCUUUGGGUUUUUUUGUCCAGUUUUUGGAUCUGUACCACUGUAUUUUGUUAGUGUUUGUACUUCAAGGCUUUAUAAAGAGGUUUUGCAUUUGGCUGA